GGACAGGCACAGACAUGUCCUGCAAGAGCUUUCGAACGCACAUAGCAGCCAACCAGAGGCUCCGUCGAGCCUGCUUCACUCCCGCGAGUGUUCUUCCAUUGAAACUUCAGUGCUUUCCAGGUUUUCCAUCGCCGAUCUCUACCCAGUGGAGCACUAUCUCAAGGUUGUGCAACAGUCCAUUGCAGCCCGUCACAGCCUGCUACGUCCACAACAGCAUGCGACUCCUGGCGCGCACGACGGCUUUGACCAAUGGGUUCUCGAAAACAUGCCGAAAGAUAAGGCUGAACCCCAUCCCGGCGUCGCUCACGUGCCUCACGGCUGACCUGCAAAGCGAAGCCGUGCGCAUGUUUCAAGACACAAUGCAGUACAUGGGGCUCUACAGCUUGGCCAUCACCGACGAACGCGAGCUAGCGCAGGCUCUGCUUCAAAUCCUCAAGCUGGUGCUAGUGAAGCCAGAGAUGCAGGAGGAGCUGUACGUCCAGCUGCAUGAGCAGACUCGCAAUAAUCCUGACAGGGACUGGCAAGCGGAGGUGGAGCUAGCAAUUCCUGUGCAAUUGCUGCCCUUGUGGGAGAAGCUGAAGUGGGACACGAACGUGCUCUCACGCUACAAGGCGCUGCUGAGGCAGGAGACGCUGAGGAUGAUCCGCGAUCUCCCCUAUGGCGGGUCCACCUUCUACCACGUGGGACGCAUCAAGGGCCUGCUAGGGCUGCUGCUGGAACGUUUGCUCAUCGGCAUCAACAAGCGUGGGAUCCACCUUUUCCACGCUCUUCCCAAGGAGUAUCUUUGUUCCAGCGAUUUCCGAGACUUUGUACUUUGGCAGCAGCGCAGCAGCUGUGUUCUUCAGGAUGUGUCUCAAGGCCCCGCAGCACAAGUUCCAGCUUGAGACCACGCAGAGCGAGGAGAUGUGAGACGCCAUCCAGGCGCACAUCAACGAUGCCCUCAAGCGCCAACUCAACGGCCGUAGAGCGCCGCACCACACCUCGCCGCUGCUCGCCCUGCCGCCUGCUGCUGCCGCUGCUGCCUGUGCUGGUGGGAGUGGUGGGAGCAGUGGGGGCGGUGGAGGAGGAGGGGAUGGUGCUUUGAUGGCUGGUGGAGGCGGGUUGAGCCAAGGGCAGGGGCCGCACCCAAUCACGGAGUGUGAGCACCAAACCAAGGAACUCUCAGAAAAUCUCACAAGGGCACUCACGCAGAUUGAGCAGCUGAACCAAGAGGUGGCAGCGAGGGCAGCAGCGGAGGCGUGAGGAGGAGCGACGGGUUUGGCAACAUGGGGAGCGACACGAGCAUGCUGAGUGAUGCGAGGACACUGGCUCUGGAGUCUCGGGUGCAGGAGGAGCUCAGGGCGGUGGGAACGAAGUGUCAACAUAUAUAUAUAUAUAUACAUAUAUAUAUAGGCUAGAUAGGUGCAUGCUUAUAAAGAGUACAGCACCAUAGCACAAAAACUGCCUGU